AUCAUAAAUGUGAAAUGGAGAUGAACCAGGAGAUUGGCGAGAACAAGGGCGUUGAGUGGGAAUCACCCACACCAAAUUUCAAGCACCGCUGUCUGGCCAAGUUCAUCCUCUUCGGCUUUAAGGCUAAAGACUACAUGGUGAAUCAUGUCAGGCGUGUCCUGAAGGCAGCGGUGAAUCUACAGGAUGUGUACCUAUAUGAUAGAAUGGCAUGCAGGAAGUGCUUAGAUGAAUUACAACGUGAGUGCCUGCAUGAUGCAUGGGUGCGUUUAGAAUGCCCAGGCGCAAAUCUGCCGAUAAAGUUCCCGUAUACAGAUGAGGAUCAGCGUGCAGUCCGGAAGCGAUUGCCCCGGGGCAUUGGACCACUUGCCAAAAUCCACAUCUUCAGAUCUGUUGAAAUAAGGGCUGAACAUCAACCAAGGGUAUGUUAAGACUUGGCUUGUUUAAUAAUGGCUGAACAUCGAUCAAGGAUUAAUUGAGACUCGGCAUGUUUAAUACUAGUCGGUUGAAGUCUUUGCUAGGUUUUAUUGUUGGGUCUGCUUUUGUGGUUGCAACUCCUUGUAUAGCUAAUUUCAGCUGAAUGU